UCAUGUGGGGAGAAAACACAUGAGAUCAUAUGGAUUUGAGAGCUCAUCCCUUUCUUUUAAAUGACCACAGAACUCUGCAGAGUUGAUAGCAAAAGAAAAGCACCAGAGAGAAAGAAAGCCAGAAGAAGGAUCAUAAGAGGAGAGAGAGAAAGAGAGAGCACACAAAAUGGUUUCCAAAGAGCAAAAGAGAGCAGCACUGCAUGAGAAGCUGCAAAAUCUUCGUUCUAUUACUAACUCUCAUGCUCUAAAUAAAACUUCGAUCAUAGUCGAUGCAUCAAAGUAUAUCGAAAAGUUAAAGCAAAAGGUAGAAAGACUGAAUCAAGAGAUAGCCUCUGCAGAAACUUCAAGUGUCCACAACCCUUUGCCUAUGGUUACAGUAGAAACCCUAGAAAAGGGAUUUCUUAUAAAUGUUUUCUCGGCAAAAGGGUGUUCAGGUCUGCUUGUUUCCAUAUUGGAGGCCUUUGAAGAGAUGAGACUCACUGUGCUUGAAGCUAGGGUUUCUUGUACAGACACUUUUCGAUUUCAAGCAGUUGGAGAAAAUGAAGAACAAGUGGAGACAAUUGAUGCACAUGUUGUGAAACAAGCUGUGGUACAAGCAAUAAAGAAUUGGAGCAAAAGUGGCGAUCAAGAAGAGUAAAUCAGUAAUCAAAUGUUUGCUAUAUAUAUUGCAAUUUUCCAAUUUUUUUUUCCCAUUUUCUUUCAUGUUGGCUAACUGGUAAAUUGUUCCUUGAGGAAUCAGGCGUCGUACAAGAUAGCUUCCAAUUUUUAAUGAAAAUAUAUAUGUGCCAGCUGUAAGAGAAUGAUAAAAAGUAGUUGAUGGUUGAUAAAAUUUAUGUAUGGAGCCAGCAUUUACAUAUCUAAUAUAUACCCACAUAUAUACA